AGUGCAGGGCUAAAAUGAAGGAGCUAUGGAAUGCCUACUGCAAAGACCACGAGGCAAACCGCUGCUCCAGUGCUGCCCCUGCGACCUGCCAUUUCUACAAAGAGCUGGAUGCAAUACUGGGGGGAAACCGCACCUCCACUCUGAGGACCAACAUGGACACUUGUGAGCCCAAUUCAACAAGGCAGGAGGAGGAGAAGGAAAGCGGGAACGAAGGUGCUGAGGAGGGGGAAGACACCCCGGCAUCCCUAGAUGCAUGCAUCCAGGAACUGUUCUCAAGCCAGGAGGAAGGUAGCCAGUUGCAGCGGCCGGUGCUUGGGGAAGGACAAACACCAGAAGAGGUGUCUGAUGCAACUUUGAGAUCUCAGCCGUCCAUGUUAUCACUGGCUAAAAGACUCCAAAGAAUUAGGAAGAGGCCAAGUAGAAGCAAAGAAGACAUGCUGCAUGAAGUAAUGCAUCAGUCCCUUCAUGAAAAUAAAGAAGUGCAGGAGUGGAGGGAGAGUGAAAGGAGGUUCUGCCAGCAGAAUGCGAAGUGCUGGCACCGAAGUGCGGAGCGGCUGCUAAACACUGUGGAGCGCCAAGCGGACUUGAUCCAGGCACUUGUAGCCAUGCAGGCGGAGCACUAUCGUGCCCAUCCACCCCCUGCAGACCUUGUCCCAAAACUCUUUCCCUUGUGUCCCCAUGUCAUCUCUAACCUACUUUCUGCAACAUCCUGGUUCUUAUCUCCACCAGCUGCCACCAACACCUGUAGCUUCACCACCCAGCCCUGCAAACUAUGACCCUUACCCGCUCACCAUGCAUUUUAGCCAGCCUGAAGUGCAGCACUCAUUGUACAGCACUCCAGACAGGAAGGCUGAGU